AUGUCCAACAACGACUCGUACCAGACUCCCCUGUCCUCGCGAUACGCCAGCAAGGAGAUGUCGUCGCUCUUCUCUAUGAAGAACCGAUACUCCACCUGGCGAAAGCUGUGGUACAACCUGGCUGUGGCCGAGAAGGAGCUUGGAAUCACCCAGAUCACCGACGAGGCCCUUGAGCAGCUCAAGGCCCACCAGGAGAUCACCGACGACGAGAUCGCCGAGGCCACCAAGCAGGAAGCCAUUGUGCGUCACGACGUCAUGUCCCACGUCCAUGUGUACGGACUCACUGCCCCCGCUGCCGCUGGCAUCAUCCAUCUGGGAGCCACCUCCUGCUUUGUCACCGACAACGCCGAUCUUAUCUUCCUGCGAGACGGUCUGGACAUUCUGAUCCCCAAGCUCGUUAACGUCAUUGACCGACUCUCUCAGUUUGCCCUCAAGUACAAGGAUCUGCCCGUUCUGGGAUGGACCCACUUCCAGCCCGCCCAACUGACCACCGUUGGUAAGCGAGCCACACUCUGGAUCCAGGAGCUUCUGUGGGAUCUGCGAAACCUGCAGCGAGCCCGAGACGACCUUGGUCUCCGAGGUGUCAAGGGUACCACCGGUACUCAGGCCUCUUUCCUGUCUCUGUUUGAGGGUAACCACGACAAGGUCGAGCAGCUUGACGAGCGAGUCGUUGAGCUCCUUGGCUUCGACUACGCCUACCCCUGCACUGGACAGACCUACUCUCGAAAGAUUGAUGUCGACGUCCUUGCCCCUCUCGCCUCUCUCGGCUGCACUGCCCACAAGUUCGCCACCGACGUGCGUCUCCUUGCCAACCUCAAGGAGAUGGAGGAGCCUUUCGAGAAGUCCCAGAUCGGAUCAUCUGCCAUGGCCUACAAGCGAAACCCCAUGCGAUCCGAGCGAAUCUGCUCUCUGUCUCGACACCUGCAGUCUUGUUUCCAGGACGCAACUCAGACCGCUUCUGUCCAGUGGUUCGAGCGAACUCUCGAUGACUCUGCUAUUCGACGAGUCUCUCUUCCCGGCGCCUUCCUCACCGCCGACAUUGUUCUGUCCACUCUUCUGAACGUUGUCUCUGGUCUGGUCGUCUACCCCAAGGUCAUUGAGCGACGAAUUGCCGCCGAGCUUCCUUUCAUGGCCACUGAGAACAUCAUCAUGGCAAUGGUCCAGCGAGGAGGAGACCGACAGCAGUGCCACGAGGAGAUCCGAGUUCUUUCUCACCAGGCCGCCCAGGUUGUCAAGGAGCAGGGAGGAGAUAACGAUCUUAUUGAGCGAAUCAAGAACACCCCCUACUUCAAGCCCGUUCACGACGACCUUGACAAGCUGCUCGAUCCCUCUACUUUCGUCGGCCGAGCACCCGAGCAGACCGAAAAGUUUGUCAACAAGACUGUUGCCAAGGCUCUAGAGCCUUACAAGAAGAUGAUCAACCAGGAGGGCUUCCAGCUUGCUGUCUAA